AUGGCUAAAACAGAAUUCGACUACAAUGAUAAGCUAUCCUUUCUGGGGGAAUGGUUCGAUUAUCAAUCAUAUUAUCAUAAAAAAUUCAUUCUUAAUUUCUAUCCCAGCGACAACACUCUGGACAUUUUCGACAGGGAACUGAACAGAAUGUACUUGAAACGUACCAGGAUGGACAACCUGGGUCUGGACGAUAUGUUCGUAGGCAACAAAAUACGGAUAUAUGGAAGACAAAUUACCAUUACUGAUUACGCAGAUUGCCGUACACAGAAGUUUGUUGGCAAGGCCAAAGAACACACUUUGGCUAUAUUAAAACCUAACGUCGUUGAUAAGCUUGGUGAAAUUAUCACUCAGAUUCAAGACAGAAAAUUUCACAUAACCAGGCUUAGGAUGUGCGAAUUGUCCAGGAAAGAAGCGCUGGAUUUUUACGAGCACAAGAAAGGAGAUGCUGCACUACCUUUUGUACUAGAAAACAUCGUUUCUGGACCUUCAGUGGCUUUGGAACUUGUUGGGGAGAACGCUCUAGCCAGAUGGAAAGAAGUCAUGGGCCCAGCAGAUCCCCAAGAAGCCAGAAAAACAGCGCCCGACACCCUAGUAGCCUUGUACGGUUUAGAAAGUCCUGCCACAAACGGAUUCCACGGUUCGGAUACUCCAGAGGACGCCGUCAGGGAAAUAAAUUUCUUUUUCCCCAAGGACUCCGAAAGGAGUGCUCCCGAAACGCCAAUAAAACUCCAGAACACCACUUGUUGCAUCAUAAAACCCCAUGCCGUCCAAGAAGGGAAAUUGGGCUACAUCAUCUCCUUUAUAACAGAUUCACAUUUCAAGAUCACAGCCGCUAAGAUGACAUAUCUCAGUAACGCCAACGCCGAUGAAUUCUUGGAGGUCUACAAGGGUAUAGUGAGCGACUACCAUGCACUUCUUUUAAGUUUCCUGGACGGCCCAUGUGUUGUUUUAGAAAUUGGUGGGAAAAAUGAAGAAAUGAACGUGCACCAGGAAUUUAGAAACUUCGCUGGCCCGCCCGAUUCGGAUAUAGCUAGACAAAUUAGGCCAAAUUCUCUAAGGGCCAAUUUUGGAUGUGACAAGUAUAGUAAUGCUGUGCACUGUACAGAUUUGCUUGAGGAUACGGCUGUGGAUUUGGAGUAUCUGUUCAGAAUUUUAAAAGACUAA